AUGAGCCGAUUUUCUCCACUACUACCUGCGUCGUUGCUCGCCGCGGUGACCUUUGCGCCUGGUACUGCGCAGUAUGCAGCCUCAGCCUUGUCGGCUUACGUUCCUAUCUUUAGUCGCCUGGAUUGGCUUUUUGGUAGCAGCACGCGGAUCAAGGCGACCUUGGGCGUCUUGUUCGCUCUUGAUGCUAUCAGAUGGCUGAACCGCACUCUCAAUAAUAUGUCAUAUAAUGCGUGGCGUUUUGGUUCCGUGGAUGGUUGGGACUGGCCCAACGAGAUUGCUCUUGUAACCGGCGGCUCGGGCGGGAUCGGACAGCUGCUCACGGAGAGGCUCCAUGCUUUGGGCAUGCGCGUGAUCGUCCUGGACCUCCAAGAGCUACCCAAGUCGCUUCGAGACAAGCCAGGAAUCUCCUUCUACAAGUGCGAUCUCACGAACCCACAGGAAGUUGCUGAUGCUGCUGAUGCCGUCCGAGCAGAAGUUGGGCACCCCUCAAUCGUCAUCAAUAAUGCUGGGCUCUGCCGUCUUGCACCCAUCCUCCAAACCUCAGCCGACGAUGUGCAAAAAGUCUUUGGUGUCAACUGCAUUGCGCUCUGGCUCACCACUAAGCAGUUUCUCCCCAACAUGAUCCGCCAGAACAAAGGCCAUAUCAUGACGAUCGCAAGCAUCGCCUCCUUCAUUGCACUUCCUCGGGCUGGCGACUACUCUGCCAGCAAAGCGGCUUCACUGGCCUUUCAUGAGACUCUAGCCACUGAGCUCAAGUUCUUGUACCAGGCCCCCAAUGUGUUGACCACCACCUUUCACCCCAAUUUUGUCCGCACUCCCCUCAUCAAGGACUUCCAGCACUAUCUCGAGGAAGCGGGGCACAAAUUCCUUGAGCCCGAUUUUGUCGCUGACAAAAUUGUAGCGCAGCUGCUGAGGAAGCAGGGCGGUAGGAUAGUUCUUCCUGAGGAACAAGGCAUCAUUACGGGAGUCAGGGCAUGGCCAGCUUGGAUCCAGCAACUCAUUCGAGAUAGCUUCGGCCCAAUGUCUGUGAUUCCAGGAGAGAAAUUUGUCUAA